AUGACGGUCCCGAGUGAGGUGAAAACUGGCACGAGUAUGACAACCAAUGCCAGCUACGCUAACAACCCCUAUCUGGCCGGUUGUCACUCCUACAAGACUCCGAACAAUCCUACUGCUGCUGCAGCGAGUAUAGCCAGCAGUAAUACGGCGAACAUGACUACCGCUUGUAACACGUUUUCUUACCCUACAAAGCCUCAGUCGGUUGGACCAGGCAGUACGUCAGGACUACAUCCUAGUUCUUCUUCCGAUCGCCGUCGCAGCUCGUUCGGCAGCCAGAAGUUGACCGGUGUACUAGCAACUGUUCGUCGCACCUCCAACAGCGUCUUGCAAACGCUGACAGGACGAGGAGACUGGGAGCCGGCUUCGAUUUUUUCUAGAGGGGAGCCUUCUUCCGCGGCAGCGCGACGAUGCAGUCGGCGUAGCGAGACGGAGAAAGGUGACCGGUUAUCCUUUUCUCGAUCUGUUCUGCCUCGCGGGAGUAACGCAAGUGCCAGUUCGACGAAUGGAUGGGGUUUAUCAGGCACGUCUUCGGCGAAGCCUUGGGGGUUCCGACGCCCGUCUGUGACGCGGAACGGGGCCCGAGGUAGCUCCGUCUCGGGCCCUGCUCCCAGCCGCACCUCACGCUUUUCAACUGAGGGAGAGCCCGAGGAAUAUUCCAUUUAUUUCGGUGGACAAAACGAGCCACUGGCACAGCCGCUGCAGACUCUGGAAAUCUUCGGGGCCGCCAGCAAACGCGCAGAAGAACUGCGUGCUCAGAGAGGCGUCGACGAAGUGACAUCAGAGAGGGAAGGCAGUGCAAGCUUGCGGUCGAUUCUCGUAGUUCGCAGUUCCCAGGGCGGGCUGUACGGCGCCGGUAGCACGAGGCCACCCAGUCGGUCGAUACAAAACCGUGUUCGCUUCACGGAAGUGAAUGAGCUGCGGGAAUACAACCCGCACGAAACGUUCCGCAGACGAGGAAGUCGGGCUGAGUCAGAACACCCGUUGCUCACGUCGUUGCGCAACAUCAUCUUCCGCACUCGAAGCGACAAACGCGCAGUCGAGCAGCUCGCAGAAAAAGUGCAGAUGAUGACGGAGAGGACUUCCGCUGUAGCCGCAGUCAUGGACUCGUGUGUGAACUCUUUUGAGAGGGAGGCGGAAACAGUCUUCAGCAAAGAGUCGUUGGAAGAAACUCAAAUGAGGGUUGCAGACGCGCACAAGCAGUGUCAAGCAGAGAUUCUUCGAGAAGACAGAAACACAAAAUGUAGGACAUGGAGACGACGUUCUGUCCCAAGUCGUUCAUAG